AUGUCAUCUAAUAAUGUUGUCACUGAUCAAAAGAUCACAGCUCCAUAUGGUUCUUGGAAGUCUCCCAUAACUUCCGACAUCGUUUCCGGCGCCGCUAAGAGCCUCGAUAGCUUCAGGGUUGACUCCCAAGGCCAACUCUACUGGGUUGAAUGUCGUCCCACUGAAUCUGGCCGUUAUGUUCUGGUGAAGGAAGGAGGGGAUGAGCCCAUCGAUGUUACCCAUGAGGGAUUCUCAGUGAGAAGUGUUACUCACCAAUGUGGAGGGGCGGCGUUUAGGAUGCAUGGAGACACUGUAAUUUUCUCCAAUUUUGAGGAUCAAAGGCUGUAUAAGCAGUCAAUAUCGUCAAAAGCUUCUGUCCCUGUGCCACUCACCCCAGAUUAUGGCAGUCCACUUGUAUCUUAUGCAGACGGAGUUUUCGACUUGCGUUUUAAUCGUUACAUAACAGUACAGGAAGAUUGCCGUGAAAGUGUUAUGAAGUCUAUUACAACUAUUGUAUCAUUCAAGCUGAAUGAUGAAAAGAUUCAAGAACCACAAGAAAUGCUCGCUGGCAGCGACUUUUAUGCUUUCCCCCAAUUGGAUGCAAGUGGAGAGCGGAUUGCAUGGAUUCAGUGGAACCAUCCUAACAUGCCAUGGGACAGAUCUGAACUUUGGGUCGGCUAUAUAAAUGAUAAAGGAGAAGUUCAAAACAGGAUAUGCGUUGCUGGGGGUGAACAAGGAGUUAUCGAAUCUCCAAUUGAACCUAAGUGGUCUGCUCAAGGAGAACUUUUCUUCAUCAGUGAUAGAGAAACUGGGUUUUGGAAUCUUUACAAAUGGGUUGAGUCUACCAAUCAGGUGCUUUCAGUUUACACCCUUGCCGCUGAGUUUACUAGACCGAUGUGGAACUUUGGGAUGAACUCGUACGAGUUUAUUCAGUGUGAUAACAAGACCUUAAUUGCUUGUAGUUACAGGAAAAAUGGGAAGUCCUUUCUCGCUAUCCUUGAUGCUGAUCAAAGUACAUUGUUGCAUGUUGAUAUUCCUUUCACAGAUAUAAAUAAUAUAACUGCUUGGGGUCAGUGCUUGUAUGUUGAGGGAGCUUCUGCUGUCCAUCCACUGGCAAUAGCUAAGGUGACUCUGGAUGUUAAAAACUUAAAAGCAACUGAUUUCAAGAUCAUGUGGUGUUCUUCAGCUACUGGUCUUAUGUACAAUGCUUAUUUUAGUAAGCCAGAACUAAUAGAGUUCCCCACCGUAGUCCCUGGUCAGAGUGCUUUCGCAUACUUCUAUCCACCAACCAACCCCAUUUAUCAAGCUAAUGGAGAAGAAAAGCCUCCGUUAUUGUUGCUUUGCCAUGGAGGGCCUACGUUGGAGACCCGUGGAAUCUUAAUCCUCACUUAUCAGUUUUGGACAAGCCGUGGUUGGGCGCUUGUGGAUGUGAACUAUGGCGGAAGUGCUGGCUAUGGCCGAGCAUACCGAGAAAGGCUGAUAGGACAAUGGGGCAUUGUUGAUGUUAAUGAUUGUUGCAGCUGUGCGAAGUUUUUGGUUGAAAGUGGAAAAGUUGAUGGUGAACGGCUCUGCAUUACCGGAGAAUCUGCUGGAGGGUACACAACAUUAGCUGCGCUUGCAUUCACGAAUGUGUUUAAAGCUGGAGCUUCUUGGUAUGGGAUAGCGGAUCAAAGUUUGCUGAGACAAGACUCACACAAAUUCGAAUCUUAUUACACUGACAAUCUCGUUGGAGAUGAAACUGCAUGCUUUGAGAGAUCACCUAUUAACUUCGUCGAUAAAUUUUCGUGCCCGAUAAUUCUAUUUCAUGGAUCAGAUGACAAGGUUGUUCCCCCUGACCAAGCCCGAAAGAUCUAUCAGGCACUAAAGGCAAAAGGGCUUCCAGUUGCCUUAGUUGAGUACGAAGGAGAACAGCAUGGAUUCAGAAUGGCUGAAAGCAUCAAGUUUACACUGGAACAACAGAUGGUGUUUUUAGCACGAAUGGUUGGACAUUUCAAUGUGGCAGAUGACAUCAAUCCUAUCAAGAUUGAUAAUUUUGACUAA